AACAUACCGCAACGGUAAUCAGAUGUUUAGGUUGUUUACUUCUAAAGUUGUCAUAUUUGUGGUUUUGCGGUGUGGCAAUUUUCUUUAUUUAUAAAAACAUUAAUUAGAUUAGUGUAGAUAAUUAAAAAAAUUACAUUUAUAAACCGUAAGAUGUUUAAAAAUAUAUGUUAUUGGCAAAUGGGAGUAAUAUUUAUAUAUCUUAUCAUCACACAUGGAACUCUAGAAACUCAAGGUGUUAGGUUUUAUUCAAAAGAGCGCAUCUUGGAGCUAAGAGAAAAGGUACGUGGGAUGUUCCAACAUGCUUAUGAUGGUUAUUUACAGUACGCUUCUGACUACGAUGAGCUACGACCGUUAACUUGUGACGGCAUUGACACUUGGGGUAGCUACUCAUUAACUCUUAUCGAUGCACUGGAUACACUCGCUACAAUGGGCAAUUAUACAGAGUUCCGACGAGUUGUUAAAAUUCUGGAAACAGUGAAUUUUGACAAAGACAUAAAUGUGUCAGUUUUCGAAACAAACAUACGAAUUGUGGGUGGAUUGCUUUCAGCGCAUAUAUUAUCAAAACGUGCUGGUGUGCCCUUAGAAGAAGGUUGGCCCUGCCAAGGUCCAUUACUACGUUUAGCAGAGGACGUGGCGCGUCGACUAUUGCCCGCAUUCGAUACUGCUACCGGCAUGCCAUACGGCACUGUGAAUUUGCGUUACGGUGUGCCGAAAGGGGAGACUUCAGUUACAUGUACCGCUGGUGUGGGUACAUUUCUAAUUGAAUUCGGAGCACUGAGCCGACUUACAGGCAAUUCAAUUUAUGAAGAUGUCGCGCUCAAUGCAAUGCACUCAUUGUGGGAACGACGCUCGGCAAUCGGACUUUUUGGCAACCACAUUGAUGUGCAAACUGGACGAUGGACAGCACUUGACUCAGGAAUAGGUGCGGGAGUAGAUUCAUACUUUGAAUACUUAGUGAAGGGUUCCAUUAUGCUUAAUCGACCCGAGUUGAUGGAGUUGUUUCACGAAGCACGGGAGCACAUAGACAAGUAUCUCAAAAAAGAAGACUGGUAUGUUUGGGCCAAUAUGAAUAAGGGCCAAAUUACUUUACCUGUUUUUCAAUCACUUGAAGCUUUCUGGCCAGGCAUCUUAAGCAUGUUUGGCGAUAUAGGGCCAGCAAUGCGCACACUAGUAAAAUAUAGCACAGUGUGGCGAAAAUACGGAUUUUUACCAGAAUUCUAUAAUAUACCACUGGGAGAGGCGUCGCCAAAUAGAGAAGUUUACCCUUUGAGACCUGAAUUGAUCGAGUCAGUGAUGUACUUAUAUCGUGCAACAAAAAAUCAAUUUCUUUUAGAAUUGGGUGACGACAUAAUACAGACAAUUGAGUUCAGCGCCAAAACGCGAUGUGGAUAUGCUACGAUUCGAAAUGUUGUUACACACGAGAAAGAGAAUAGAAUGGAAUCUUUUUACCUCGCAGAAACCACAAAAUACCUCUAUCUACUUUUCGAUGAGGAUAAUUUUCUGCACAAUGACGGUGCUGUGGGCGAUCGGCUGCAAACUCCAAAUGGUGACUGUACUGUAAAUGCAGGUUCUUAUAUAUUUAACACAGAAGCUCAUCCCAUCGACAUGUCUGCGUUGUACUGUUGCCAUGACAUACACGAUGACAUUUUCGACAAUCUAGAUCAUCGUAUAUUUAGUGAUGCAAAUAUGCUUAAAACUGAGCGUGAACGAAUAGUAGCGGAGCGAGAGAUUAAUGAGGCAUUCACUUGUGGCGAACAGACGACGUCAAUCAUAAAAGAAAUAAAACAACAAAUCGCUAAUACACCAACUGGAGAAGGCAAAUUGAAGACUGUAUCCACGGCACCGGUGGAUAUAGAUGUGUUCGAUGAGUAUGAUAACCCUGCUGGUGAGAGGCUGGUGGAGAAUUUCGAGCGUAUCAAAAAUGCACGUAAAGUAAAACAGGAGCCCGUCGGCACAGCUGAAGCUGUUGAAGAAGAUCAAUCUGUAUCAGUCAAUCAUCUGACUGUAACAGAUUUGAACGAAUUCUUCGCAAUGAGCCGCGAAGAUUUCUUACAUUCUGAACUCGCGCUGCAUUAUGUGCACGGUUUUAUGCGGAACUUUACGCUAGAUGCACGAUUUAUAUCGGGACUUCAGCUCUUGCACAAGAAUAUAACAGCUGUGUUGGGUGCAGUGGUACAAAAGGAGUAUGAGAGUCGAACGCGCACACUGUGGGAGCUCUAUGACCUGCAACAACAGUACCUAGCAAACGUCAAUUUAAUUGCACGUCUGGAUAUACUCGCCUUCCGUGAUACCGAUUUUGAGCUGCUUGAUCGCGUGCUUACAGCGCUGAAUCACAGUGGCAGUGAUGAACUAGAACUAACCGAUGAUAGCGAAAAUGUUUCGUUGCGUGUAAUGCUACGACAAAUGACCCUACUGCAUGCCGACUAUCAACAGGCACUGGUCAAUACCACUGCCAUGCAAGAGUUCCUAUUGAAAAUACUGAUUAAUGGCACCUCCGAUAAGAAACGUACCUUUACACCUUUGCUGAAUGAGACCGAGAUACUCGCGCUAUUCGAAGCAGACGAUGCCAAGCCAAGCUACGCACCACAACCACUCUUCGCACACGUACGCAGAAUAGUCGAGUUCAAGAAGCGUAUAAUGGAAACCUUUGACCGCUUACAAGCUCUAAUGAUCGAAGAUGGUCUUACCAAGCAGCCAAAGGCCAUUCUCACUGAUGAAGCGAAGCCUACAACUAAGCCCCCAAAUGAGGACCAAAAUUCAAUGGCAACAAAGGAACAAAACAAAGUUGUUAAGCAAAGUGUAGAGGACAGCGGCGGCGGCGGCGGCGGCGGCGAAUCUGUGUGGUCGCAGUUGGUGCACACGAUUUUGCGUAAAACCACCAACCAGCGCUACCAAUUCAAUGAAGCGCUGCUGCACGAGAAGGUGCGGAUAUCGCUGCAAAGCUACCCAAAACUGAAAAGGCUAAAUGCAACGGUAAAAACGAAAACGCGGCGUGGCUAUGAAGUUUUCACCUGUGACACCCCAAAUUUUGUGGAUAAAUUCGCCUACCGCGAAUACUAUCCAUAGAACAACUGGGGGCUCCAGCAUUGUUAUCAGCUUAACGAUGAAUUUUGUAUUAUAGUAGUUAUACAGCCUGAAGACUUGCAACGGAAUUUAAGCUAAUCUCCAUGAAGCUUCUGCAACACCUAAAAGUAACGCUUGCUUUAAGAUUCAUUGUGGCGCUAGCUCCUCAAUGUGUAAUAUUGUAGUUAAAUAGUGGUAAUUUGAUUUACGUUAUUCCUAAAGUAAUGUAUUUGUAUUUACUUUUUUAAUUAAAUCAGGUUUAGAAUAAUGUUUUGCAAUAAAGUGGUUUCAAAUAUUGAAAUUCUAAAUAAGAACUCGCACCAUGGCGCAAAGUCA